AUGCAGGUUUCCGAUAUUGAUAAUGUGAAGAUUUACAAUCUUAGUGCGGGAAAAUCUUUACCUGAUUGGUUAACAGAGAGAAAGAAACGUGCACUGUUAAAGAAGAAUGUUGAUCUACGAAGAAGAAUCGAAUUAAUUCAGGAGUUUGAUAUGCCAGGUGUGAGUACAAGUAUACGGGCAUCUAAAGAUGGUCAGUAUAUUAUGGCUACAGGCAUUUACAAACCCAGAGUCAAAUGUUAUGAUGUAAAUAAUUUAUCUUUAAAAUUUGAGAGAUGCUUAGAUUCUGAAGUUGUUACAUUUGAAAUUCUUAGUGAAGAUUAUACAAAGAUUGUUUUUCUACAAUGUGACCGUUAUGUCGAGUUUCAUGUAGGUCAUGGAAGACACUAUAGGUUAAGAGUGCCACAUUUUGGAAGAGAUAUGACAUAUCAUAAACCCUCAUGUGAUCUUGUUGUUGUUGGCGCCUCAAGUCAAGUGUACAGGUUGAAUUUGGAACUUGGUCAAUUUUUGGCACCAUAUGUGACAAAGGCAACAGAAAUUAACUGCUGUAGUGUAAAUGAGGAGCAUGGUCUAUUAGUCUUCGGAACUGAAGGUGGCCAUGUGGAAGCAUGGGAUCCCCGCACAAAAUCUCGCCAAGGCAUACUUGACUGUGCUUUACACUGUUCUGAUGCUGACUAUAGAAAUUCAACUAUACCCUCCAUAACAGCCUUAAAAUUUAAUGGUGCUCUACAAAUGGGUGUUGGUACUUCAUCAGGACAUGUACUUUUAUAUGAUAUAAGAUCUAGUAAACCUCUUCUAGUUAAGGAUCACAUGAAUGAAAUUCCUAUUAAGCAAGUAGAAUUUCAUAAGCAGAUGAAUUAUGUGUAUUCUAUGGAUGCUAAUGUUGUUAAGAUAUGGGAUAAAAAUACAGGCAAGCAGUAUACAAAUAUUGAGUCAUCUGUGGAUUUCAAUGAUCUUUGUAUUAUACCAAACACAGGACUUUGUAUGAUGGCAAUGGAGGAUCAGAAAAUGCAAAUAUACUAUGUGCCAUCACUAGGUCCUGCCCCCAAAUGGUGUGCAUUCUUAGAUAAUUUGACUGAGGAAAUGGAGAGCUCGGCCUCCCAAACAGUUUAUGAUGAUUACAAGUUUGUUACAAAACAGGAGCUCGAGUCUUUGGGUCUCGAUCAUCUUCUUGGCACAAAUCUUUUAAGGGCUUACAUGCAUGGAUAUUUCGUCGACGUGCGAUUGUAUAAACGAGCGAAAUCAAUAGCAGAUCCAUUUGCCUUCGAAGAGUAUAAGAAACGUAAAAUCAGGGAGAAAAUUGAACAAGAGAGGCCUUCGAGGCUCAAAGUUGAUGAUAAUUUGCCGAAAGUCAACCGAGAUCUCGCUUCGCGCUUACUCGAUGAUGACAGACCUAAGAAGAAGCAAACUGCCAAUUUGCUUAAAGAUGACAGAUUUAAGGCUAUGUUUGAAAACCCUGAGUUUGAAGUUGACAAAGACGCUGAGGAGUACCGUCUGUUGAACCCAGUUCUGUCCCGCCUUGGCAAGAGUAAGGCCAAUAAUAAACCAGAAGCGGAACCUAUGCAGAUUGAAGGUGACGACGAGGAAGGAGACUCUGACCAAGAAUUUUACGACACCAGUGGAGACAGUUCUGACGAGGACCGCACCUGGGUGAAAGAAGUAAAGAAGCAACAUAAAAUAAUAAGACACAAAAAGCAGGAUAUAGAAGAAAGUGGAGAAGACAAAAUGUAUGAAUUGAGUGCGCCACCCAAAAACGGUAACAUAAGGAACAUAAUGAAAGUCAGCAACAAAAGUUUAGGUGAAAGAUUGGGUAAAGAGGGCGCCACCAUUUUCUCUGGAAUUGGAGGCAAUAGAGAGAUGAAGUUUGUCAUGAGAGGAAAGAAGACAGAUAAUAAUCAGAAGAAUAUGAAGAAGCAUUAUGAAGAAAGAAAACGGUUGGUUAGAAGAACAGGAUUUCUUAAAAAGAAACGAUAA